AUGAAGUUCGCUGUCGUCGCUGCACUCGCCUCACAGCUGAUCGUCGGCAUCUCCGCCCAAGAGGGCUCCAACGGCUGUGCCCAUUUUGACUGCCCCCUCCCUCCGAGCUUCCCGCUUAUCUGCGCAAGUAAUGGCGUCACGAACCGGAACAACUGCGAGUUCGAGUUUGAGAACUGCGAAGUGGACUGUGGGCAGCUGCGCCCGGGGUUAGGGCGGGAUUGA